AUGGCCGAAGAGACUGUGACAGGUUCCACUGAUUUGUCGUUAAAAAGGCCGAGGGAGGAAGAGGUAAACGGAGCUUCUGCCACCGCCGUCACCGGAGAAGCCAUGGAAACCGAGAACAGUACUGAUAAUGGAACCCCUGGUAUCUCCUCCGUUAUUCCCGGUUGGUUCUCCGAGAUUAGCCCAAUGUGGCCAGGAGAGGCACAUUCUUUGAAGGUGGAGAAGAUCUUGUUCCAAGGGAAGUCUGACUACCAGGAUGUUAUGGUGUUUCAGUCUGCAACGUACGGGAAGGUUCUGGUUUUGGAUGGAGUGAUUCAGCUCACAGAGAGAGAUGAAUGUGCAUAUCAAGAAAUGAUAACUCACCUUCCACUGUCCUCAAUCCCCAACCCUAAGAAGGUUUUGGUUAUCGGUGGAGGAGAUGGUGGAGUCUUGAGAGAAGUGGGUCGGCACUCUUCCGUCGAGCAAAUAGAUAUAUGUGAAAUAGAUAAGAUGGUUGUCGAUGUUUCUAAACAGUUCUUCCCUGAAGUAGCAAUUGGAUAUGAGGAUCCCCGUGUUACUCUCCAUAUUGGUGAUGGAGUUGCAUUUCUGAAGGCUGUUCCUAAAGGGACCUAUGAUGCAGUCAUAGUAGAUUCUUCUGACCCUAUAGGCCCUGCACAAGAGCUUUUUGAGAAGCCAUUCUUCCAGUCUGUAGCGAAUGCUCUUCGUCCAGGGGGAGUUGUUUGUACUCAGGCGGAAAGCAUAUGGCUUCAUAUGCACAUCAUUGAAGAUAUUGUGGCAAACUGCCGCCAAAUCUUCAAAGGCUCCGUCAACUAUGCAUGGACCACCGUCCCUACUUAUCCAAGUGGCGUGAUUGGCUUCAUGCUUUGCUCUACCGAGGGACCCUCUGUCGAUUUCAAGAAUCCAGUGAGUUCAAUAGACACCAACACUGACUAUAACAAAGCAAGAGGGCCAUUGAAGUUUUACAACCCUGAGAUUCAUACUGCUGCUUUCUGUCUGCCAGCGUUUGCGAAGAAGGUGAUUGACGCAAAGGCAAAAUGA